CUGAAGACCACCGUGUCCCACAGGCUCAUCUCGCCCUCCCGCCAUGGCAUCGCCGGACGGAGCCAGUGGCGUGGGUGGCAGUCCCGAGGAGACAGAGCUCAGCAUCACCCUGACCCUCCGCAUGCUCAUGCAUGGCAAGGAGAUCGGCAGCAUCAUCGGCAAGAAAGGAGAGACUGUUAAGAGGAUACGAGAGCAGAGCACUGCACGCAUCACUAUCUCGGAAGGGUCCUGCCCCGAGCGCAUCACCACCAUCACCGGCUCCACCGACGCCGUCUUCCGCGCUGUCUCCAUGAUCGCCUUCAAGCUGGAGGAGGAUCUGGGAGCAGGGGGCGAUGGGGUGUCAGCAGGCAGAGCCCCGGUGACCCUGCGCCUCGUCAUCCCCGCCAGCCAGUGCGGCUCCCUCAUCGGCAAGGCAGGAGCCAAGAUCCGGGAGAUCCGGGAGAGCACAGGGGCACAGGUGCAGGUGGCUGGUGACUUGCUGCCCAACUCCACUGAACGGGCUGUCACGGUCUCGGGGGUGCCGGACACCAUCAUCCAGUGCGUGAGGCAGAUCUGCGCUGUCAUCCUGGAGUCGCCUCCGAAGGGGGCCACCAUACCCUACCACCCUGGUCUGUCCUUGGGCACCAUCCUGCUCUCUGCCAAUCAGGGCUUCUCCAUGCAGGGCCAGUACAGCGGGGUCUCUCCUGCAGAGGUGACAAAGCUGCAGCAGCUGUCAGGGCAUGCGCUUCCCUUCGCCCCCCUGGGCCAUGCACCCACUAUGGUGCCAGGUCUGGAUGCCAGCUCCCAGAGCAGCUCCCAGGAGUUCCUGGUGCCCAAUGACCUCAUCGGCUGCAUCAUCGGCCGGCACGGCAGCAAGAUCAGCGAGAUCAGGCAGAUGUCAGGUGCCCACAUAAAGAUUGGCAACCAGACCGAGGGCUCCAGUGAGCGGCACGUGACCAUCACAGGGACCCCUGUCAGCAUCACCCUGGCUCAGUACCUCAUCACAGCCUGCUUAGAGACUGCUAAAUCUACCUCCCAGGUGCCACCGGGCCCUGGCUCCAUGGACCUCGGCAUGGGCUUCUCGCAGCCCCUCGCCCCAGGCUCCGGUGCGGCUCUCCCCGCCGUGGCCCCAGCGCCCCCGGCCCUGCUGGGCACCCCCUAUGCCAUCUCCCUCUCCAACUUCAUCGGCCUCAAGCCCGUGUCCUUCCUGGCACUGUCCCCCUCCUCCGUGGCAGGUCCCAAUGGUGGCACCACCACCUACACGACCAAGAUCUCGGCGGCCAACGGCACCAAGAAAGCUGACCGGCAGAAGUUCUCGCCCUACUGAACCCCACUGGUGGCUGGGCCAGGGGGUACAGGGUGCUGUUCAGUAGCAGGGACACCUUCCUGCCACCCACCCUGAUCUCAGCCUCUGCCAGGUGCCCCAUGUCCUCCACCCCAGGGAAGGGAAGGGUCUUCCUGGUGGUGAUGCCUGCUGGAGGAAGGGGCAGUUUUGUUGCCUGCUGUCCAUCCCAGCAGCUCUGUGCCCCCCUCCCUGAUUUUCUGCACAGAGACCAUGUGUCCCAGUAUCGGGUGGGAGGGCUGUCCCUGCUGGCCUAGGGUCCCUUCUCCCAGUGCCCUGUGCUGGUGUGGGACCCCUACUUCCUGCUCCUCACCCUGCCUCCCCUGCCAUCCUGCUCAUGCCCACACUCCAUCUGGCACCCAAAGCCAGGUCCCACUGGAUGAGGGCUGCCUGGCCUCUCCAGGAGUCCCACUUCCACUGGCUCUGGUGGGGGGCCCUCCCUGGGCCACCCUGGGCCAACCCCAUCCAAGAGCCAGUC